UGCAGUUCGGAUCUUUUUACAGGGGUUAAAGAUAACUGGUCUUUUUAUUACGUCACUGCGCUAAAGAUGGAGAUGUCGGCGCCUGCAGGCGGCACGUCUGACCGCGCCCGGCGCUCGGACACGGUGAAGAGGAGGAGGCGUUGGGGGGGUUUGAGGCAGCGGUGGAAGCUCCUGGGUCUGUUUGAGAUCGAUCAGCAGCAUGAGUUCUACAGCCUGACCUGCAUGAUGAAGGAAGGUUUGGGUGCAGCCAUCGAGAGCACCGACAACACUCCCAGAAACGAGCUGUCAGAUGAUGAUUUCAGGUUAGAGGUGACUCAGAUCCACAAGGAUUUUACGAUGGAGACUUUUGCUGGUCCCGUGUUUGCCAGCCUGCGUGGCUCUUUGGGAGUGACCGAGCAGGAGUAUCAACAUUCACUCUGCUCUGAACACUGCUACCUCCAGUUCAUCAGCAACUCCAAAAGCAAAGCAGACUUCUUCCUAACGAAUGAUAAACGCUUCUUUUUGAAGACCCAGAACAAAAGGGAAAUCAGGUUUCUUCUGGCCAAUUUAAAGAUCUACUUGGAGCAUCUGAAGAAUUAUCCUCAUUCUCUGCUGGUCAAGUUUCUCGGUGUUCACAGGAUCAGAAUCCCCCACCGACUGAAGAAAUACUUCAUCAUCAUGCAGAGUGUGUUUUAUCCAGAUGAUCGAAUCAGUGCCCGGUACGACAUUAAGGGCUGUGAGGUGAGUCGAUGGACAGAACCUGCACCAGAGGGAAGCCAGGUUAUUGUAGUUUUCAAAGACUUAAACUUUGAAGGCCAGUUCAUCACUCUGGACCAGCAGCGUUCCUGGCUCCUGCGGCAGGUAGACAUCGACACUCACUUCCUCCAGAGGCUCAACGUAUUGGAUUACAGCCUGCUGCUGGCACACCAGCCCUUACACCAGGAUGAACGACAGCAUUAUCUGUCCUUCGCCGCGCUCAUCUUGAGAACCAAAAUAUCGGUGAAUCCAGGAUCCAGCCCUGUCCACGCGGACACACCUGCUAUUCCCGGGACAGUCCCAGAAGGUGACACUGCGUCAUUUUUGUCAGAAACGGAGGACAGCUGUUUGAAGCAGACAGGAGACGUUAAGACCUACACACAACACACUGAGACAGGCGAGGACUCCGCUGAGAUUCCAGACUUCACCUCUCAGAACCGACGUUUACUACCCAACUUAAGAAAUCCACUGCACGUCAUUGAUGGGCCGGAGCAUCGCUACUUCAUCGGCAUCAUUGAUAUUUUCACAGUGUACAGCCUCAAGAAGAGGCUGGAGUAUCUGUGGAAGAGGCUGAGACAUCCAGGCCGGACCUUUUCCACUGUUAGUCCACAGACGUACUGCCUGAGGCUGUGUCAGUGGGUACAGAACCACAGCAAGUAGAUCAAAAUGCUCAGCAAGCAUGUCUAAACGACCACAUGGUCAACUGAAACCCAUCAACAUACAACACUUUUUCUACAUCGUUUUACUAUGCAAGUACUCAGCGCUUUUUCGCAUUCUAUUGAUUUUAGCAAAGUGUUCGAUUGAGUUGAUGCCCUUGCUUUGGUGCACUUACCUCCCAAACAGAACCUUUAUGGUUCAAGGCCAGCAGACUCCAUUAUCCUUUUACAGCUGGAGUCGAGCUUAAAAAGUCCAAUCAACAUGUGGAUCCCAAACCAAAGCACCUCUGGAGACCUGGAGCAAAAUGGAAGAAGGUUAAUGCCAUCUCAUUGAACAAGGGUAGAAUAGGCGACAACUGCAUUAAA